UCGAAAGUUACGACUAAUCACUUGAUGAUAGUCUCCAUUUCAUGUUUGAUCACCGAACUAGAACUGAAACAUCAGAAUGGAACUUCUUAGCUUUUCAUUUAUUUACACGAUCUUUUGCUCUGUGAUCAUUUUGUACAUUUUGUCUAAAUUUCUCUUUCGACCCAAACCUAAAUUUGGUAAAAAUGCUCCGUCACCUCCUCGAUUACCGAUUGUUGGUCAUCUUCAUCUAUUAGCGAAAUAUCCUGAUGAGCCAUGGAAAGGGUUUGAGGAAAUUCGCGAAAAGUUUGGUGAUGUGGUUGCUCUUAAAUUAGGGAUUUUCGAUACAAUUAUGGUUUCGUCUUUCGAAACAAUUAAGGAAGUUCUGAUUACCAAAGGAAAAUUCUUCUUGAAUAGACCUGAUUUCUAUCGAUUCGAGUUAAUGUUUGGUGGUGAUCGAGAAAAUGCUUUACCUCUAUGUGAUUGGUCCGAAAGGCACAAAAUUACUCGAAACUUUUGCUUAAUGGCGACGGCUCCCAAUCCAUUAUCAUCAUCAUUCGAGAGGCUCGACAAAGUGAUCACUUCAGAGAUGGAAAGUCUACUCGAAUUCAUUAAUUCAUCUGAUAAAAUUCUAACCAAAUGCUGGACAAGACAAAUCGCAACGAACAUUUUUACGCAAUAUCUUUGUGGAUCAAGAUUGGAAUAUGACGACCCUGAACUUAUUGUUCAGAGCUACCGUUUUGAUUAUAUCUUUUACGAUAUAAGUUCGAGCAAUAGUCCAAUCGAUUUUUUACCUUGGCUGAAAUCUUUGGGAUUUUAUCGAAAUGCUCUCAAUAAGUUGGAGGAAGUAACAAGCUCGGCUGUGAAAUUUAUCGAAGAGAUCUCGGUAAAACCAAGAGUAGCCCAACUCGAGAAAUUGUGGUCUCAAGAUGGAAAACACAAUGACUUGGACCAUAAUGGUUUGACACUCGCUUUGGACCAAAUGUACAGAUACCAUUUAGAGAAUCCAAAGGAGUUUUGUUAUACGCAUCUUGUUUAUUCUUUGAGUGACCUUAUUGCAACUUCCGGUGCGAUCUCUAAUCUUCUCAUGAUUAUCAUCGGCCAUUUAGCUAUGAAUGAAGAAGUACAAGAGGAAAUAUACCAACAAAUCGAGGCCACAGCUCUUCAACACAAAACUGAUACUUUAACCUUGAAGCACCGACCUCAUAUCCCACUGGUUGACUCUUGUGUCCUGGAAGCUCUGAGAAUCGCAUCUUCACCAAUCGUCCCUCAUGUAUCAACUGAAGACACAACAAUCGGAGGUUACUUUGUACCAAAAGGAACAAUGAUCUAUUUCAAUAAUUGGCCGUUAAACUUUUCUACCAAAUUCUACACUAAACCAGAACAAUUCCUUCCUUCUCGAUUCGUAUGCCCUUCGGACGAUAAUAAUAACAAGAACAUGCAGAUAAAAAAGCCCGAAGUUCUAAUACCUUUUCUUGGCCAUCGAACGUGCCUUGGAUUCAAGAUGACCAGAUACAUUUCGUUUAGCUUUAUGAGUAACCUUUUGCUCCGAUAUAAGAUCGAGCCAGAAGAUUCAGUUGAAACAAUCACGGAUCAUAUUAAGAUUGGAAUUCUGGCUUUGAGAGCCGAUGAUUGUUUCCGUGUUAAAUUAAUUCCAAGAACAAGACAACAAUCAACAGGCAUUUGAAACUUCAAUUUUUCUGUUAAUGAUUUUCGAUUAAUUCAUUUGCUUAAUUCUUUCAAAAGUUUUUCAAAUGUUUUCAGACACAAUUAACUCAAUAAAAUCUCUGUUUAUCAAAUUAAUUAACUAAAGAUAUUUGUAAUUAGACGAAUGGUUAAAUUAGAUUGAGUUUUGAAAAAUUAGAUACGAGAAUUUUAAAUUAUCAAUUUAAGGUUACGAUCGACUGAUUCAAUCAAUUAAUAAGUUGA